AUUUACAAUGUUUGAAACACUUCUCCUCCAGCGAGCCAACCCCCCGGGGUACAGGUUUUUCUGCGGCAAAUAACGAGAUGUCUCUGCAAAGUGCUACGCUGGAGAUGCUGUUUAACUUUUAUCCUCAGCCCGGAGGGCCAAGGUGUAAAUUUCAGGUCAAAGUUCUGGGACUGGAUCCAGACAACACAAUACUGAAGAGUGCAAAUGGAGAGACCUUGAUUGUACGAUUUCUCACAAAACGGUUCAUUGGAGAUUAUGAACCAAACACAGGAGCUCUAUACUCCAGAUCAAUUAGCAUUGAUGGAGAUCAAAUUUCAUUGCAAGUGCAAGACACUCCAUGUGCUAAUCAGGCAGAUGGAGAUGAUUCUUGCAGUCCAGAUGUUAUAUCCCGUUCACUUCACUGGGCAGAUGGUUUUGUUUUCGUCUUUUCACUUACGGACACAGAAAGCUGGAAGGCUCUCCGUCCACUCCAUCAGCAAAUCAGGAAGAUUUAUCCCAAUACCAGACUUCCAUUCGUGCUAAUAGGAAACAAGGCUGAUUUACCACAUGCACGGCAAGUGGAAACCAAUGAGGGCAUUCAAUUGGUGAAUGAAAUCGGAGGGACUUAUUUUGAAGUUUCUGCCAGAGAAAAUUACAAUGAGGUCUAUGAUGCUUUCCACCAAGUUUGCCAAGAAGUUUGCAAAGUGAUUGGAAACAAUAACGGAGAGAAGAGAAGAGGUCUGCUUUUAGGCAGGCCAAAAUCACCGAAUAUGCAGGAUCUUGGAAGACGGUUAAAACAGGCUCUUUCUUCUAAAGUGAAAUCCACUGCUUCUGUAUAAGACUAGUUUUGAUGAGGUUCCAAGUUCUAAGAUUUUUUUACCUUGCGGAUAAAUAAGAACAAUUCAAAUGACCCCAAUGAGGUAAAUCCUCACAUUUUAAAGAUUAACUCAUGAACAGAAAUUAGUUUGACAUGUUCCAUCUCUAUGUCCACCUUUUUUAAUUAUACAAUUUUACCUUUAAUUGCUGUUAGGUAAAUAAAUUUUGCACCCAGAAUAGGAGCAAUAUUGUUUACGUCUGUUGUGAUAUUUAUGCUACAAUUUGCACUCUAUACAAACUUCUGUGUCACUAAUCUACUGAUUAUGUGAAGUUAAGAUCAUUCACAGCCUGAAACAAUUUAAAAUUGUGCAAAAUUAUACAUUUUCAUUAAAACUAUACAUGGGAUUGACUGAGGCAGAGGAGAGCUCCCUUGAAUGCUUAGACAGAAAAUACAUUGCAAAAUAUGAACUGAACCAUAAGGACUAGAAAGAUGUCUUGUUCUACUCUCAAAUUGCAAUCAAAUGUAUAAUGGGCUAAAGAGCCUCUCUCAGUGCUGCAAAUUUCUGAUUCUUUUUGUAACUGUUUAGCUGAUCUCAGGUGAAGCCAUGAUAAGGUUUCUUCAAGUGUCCUCAGUAGCUCAGUACAAGAACAAGGAAAUAACAGUGAUAUUCGCCACACCUGAUCCUGUUUGAAAUAAAUGGGUGUAUAUCCUGGCCCUGACAGGAUUGUUCUCGGUAUCAGAGAAAUUGCCCAAGGGAAACGGUUUAUUCAUGUUUCAAUUGUGAUCAGCUAAUGUUAUCAAAACAAAAACUAUUUGUAAAAAAUAAAGUUUAAACACUCAA